AUGCCCUGUCAGAAUUGUGCGGUUCGCGAUGAACAGGCAAGCUGCAAGUACAGAGGCACCAAAAACACGCCUACACCGAUAGCCCGUGAACAAGACAAUCAUGAGGUAUCGAUGCAGCGCCGCAUACAAAAUUUGGAAGAUCUGGUCAAAAGACUCAUAGUCCAGGGCCACGGCCAGGUAAAUGUAGCCAAUCAGCAUCUGAAUUCUUCGGAUGUAGCAUCUAUUGCAGAUACAGGCUCAACCGUAAUCGAUGGCGUCCAUUCCGUUUACAAAGUUGCAGACGAUUGGCAUAAUGUACUAGAAGAGAUCAACAGGCUGAAACAGACCUGGAGCCAAACCCAAGAUGACCACACUGAUCAUGGUCCUCUAUCAUACACGGAGGCUGAUGGAGCAAGCUUGCUAUUCGGCCAAGUCAAACAAAUAGAGAGAGCAGAGAUAUUAGCGACUUUGCCAUGUAAACCUGAAGUUGAUGAGUUGAUAAGCCAAUUCUUUGACGCCGUAACCUUCCCUCUAGCAGUUCCUCCUAUCUUGCAUGAGCCAACUUUCAUGCGCGAGUACAAUGAACAUUGGCGAGACCCGUCCCAGACAAAUAUUAUAUGGUUAGGCUUGCUCUUCUCUAUCCUCAGCACAGUCAUGCUCUCCUAUCACCAAUGGGAUGAGCCACCGCGGUACUAUGGGAUCUCAGAAUCACUGUUUCAACUGUACCGGCUGCGCACAGCCCAGUGUCUUAUUAUUGGAGAUAUUGCCAAAUGCCUUCCAUAUACAAUUGAAACCUUACGCUUUAACGCAACCGCCGAGCUCAAUCGACAAGAUGAUAACAGUCGGGGUCUAUGGAUUAUAACGGGGGUCAUAGUACGGGCUGCAAUAAAUAUGGGAUAUCACCGUGAUCCUUCUCAGUUGUCCUCCCUUUCUGUGUUGCAAUCAGAGUACCGGCGCCGAGUGUGGAAUGCAGUAACUCAUAUGGAUGACUUGGCCUCGUUUCUAGUCGGAUUCCCUCGCAUGAUGGCCGCAAUCUAUUCGGACACGAAAGAACCACGCAAUAUUCACGACUGGGAGUUAACCGAAGAGACAACCGUUCUUCCGUCAUCAAGACCAUUAACUGAGCCUACCUCGGUGACCUACAUGAUUGUUAAGGGACAUAUAGCUCAUGCUCUCGGUCGCAUUACCGAUUUCAACAAUCUUCCGGGUCUAGGUUCGUACGAUACUGUACUCAGCCUUGACAAAUCCUUGCAUGAAGCAUAUCAGAACAUGCCUCCGCACAUGAGGGUUUUUCACCUCAAAGGAGAACUGAAAUCCUCGAGUAGCCAAUCUGUCAUUACUAGCAUGCAACUCGAAUCCCUUUACCACAAAGGAAUGUGUACUCUCCACCAACACGGACGAAGGGGCCCAGAGUUAAGCACGCCAAUUGAGUUUGAUUGUGCCCCUCUUUUGCAAGCGUUAGAGAAAUCCUGCGCUCUUUGGAGUGAAGCAAAGAAAUCUUGUGAGGAGGCCAACGGAGUAUGUCAAAUUCUCACGGGUAUGCUUUCGAGCUUUCAAACUCCCUCGACGACUCAGAGGAGGAAAAGUCCUGAUCUGCCGCUUGAAAUCCCGGGAUUUAGUCCGCUGUUUCAAUCAACUGAUCGCCGUGGCUCCAUGAAGAAGGAUAUAUUUCGAAAUUUGAAUGAUGAAAUAGAUAUUGAUUGGGCUACAUGGGAUGCGUUUAUCGACGAAGCGAAUUUUGAAGACGGAUUUUGA